CAAAAUGCAACACGCGACAGAGACCAAAAGGAAUUUGUUAGAUGAGCAAUGUCGGAGUCUGAGGAUGACAGGCCACAGUCUCAGCGCUCAUGCGGCAAGAUCUUGUUGCGGCUGCUCUUCUCCCACGUCGGACUCUUCCUGCUCGUCUGUCUAUACGCCGCAUUCGGAGCCUGGAUAUUCGUCUUCAUCGAAUACGACGACGAGACCCAGCUGAGGAAAGAACGCAUGAUACGUUCCAUCGAUGUGAACGACUCGCUCGUCUAUCUGGCAGCCCUCUUCUAUUACUGGCGAGACAAAGGCUACUCCAGGGAGGAGUGGAACGACAAGGUCUACUCGGAAUUGAAGACUUUGGACAAGUUCAUCGUGAACAUGGUGCGAGCGGUUCAGUACGAUGGCACCAUGGAUGAAGAGAGCUGGGACAGAGAGUGGGCAUUCGGAAAUAGUUUGCUGUUUUCCGUCACCAUUCUCACCACCAUAGGUUACGGCCAUGUAGCACCCAAUACGCAGUUGGGCAAAAUAUGUACUAUCCUUUACGCACUCGUGGGCAUCCCACUGACUCUGAUCUUCUUGGCGAACAUUGGUGAGCUGAUGGCAUCCGUCUUUCGGUACACUUAUAGCCGACUCUGUUGUCGCUGGUGUCGCGGGGCCCGCAGGCAGAACGAAUACGACCGCGAGGCCGCAGUCAGAAUGGGCGGCCGGCUUCCGCCGCUCUCAUCGGACGACGUUGGCAAGGAGGACUACAUGCCUACAGACAAGGCACAAAUUCCCAUCAUCCUCAAUUUACUGCUUAUAUCUAUCUUUAUCCUGCUCGGAGCGGGCAUCUUCGCCUAUCUUGAGAACUGGGACCUCUUGAGCUCGGGAUACUUCACGUUCAUCACCCUCACUACUAUCGGGUUUGGAGAUUACUACCCAGGCAAUGCUUUCGAAGGAUACAAAGGCAGCAUAUCUAAGACGCUAACGUUAAUGGGCACCUGCUUCUACAUGAUGCUCGGCAUGGCUCUGGUAAGCAUGUGUAUCAACUUAAUGCAACAGCAGAUAACGGAGAAAGUCAAGUGGGUGGCUAUGGAGGUGGGACUCAUCCAACAAUCUGAUAUCCCAGACACCGAAGAAGAGAAACCUCUGACAACUCUCAGCUCCCAGUUAGAGCAGGUGUGACAGAACACUUACGGAUCUGUUUAGAAAUAAUGACUUUAAAUCUCUGUCUUGUGUGUUUUAAGAAGUAAAAGAUUAAAAAAAUGUUAUCUGUAUUUGUUCGGCUAAAUUUCCCUUUGCUAUUCCAUGUUAAAUGUACAAUUGAAUGCGUUCUACCAAACUAGAAAUGAUAAUUUUUAUUAUUUGCCAU